UCAGCUCGAAACGAAGAGAUGAAAUCUCACCGACGCCGGAGGGAAGGAGCGAUGCGAGGAGACGAGGGUUUUAACGCUCUCCGCCGGGGAGUGCCGAGGACGUGAGCGCCAUCGCUUCCGUUUCCGUCUGUUCUUCUCUUGCUGUCGUGAUAGUUGGUUCCUCCGAGCUGUAACGUAUGCUGGUGCUCGAGCAAAUAAUUUUGAUUUGCUUCAUACGACAACCAAUUCAGGAGUAGGCGUCGUCACAUGCUGCGCAAUCGUAACUUUCAUGUGAUUACUCAAGUGCUCCCUUCCAAAUAUAUUUUCAGUUCGGCAGAUGGGUGUUAACUUGCAGACCUGUACUACUAACUCGUUGAUUUGUUCCAAGAAUCGUUUUGCUAUUCGUUUCAGAAAUUUUCAGAUUCCUAGUAUGCUAGUUUAAUUUUAUGUUGCUUAUACCUUCUUUGGUUGCUCAGCAAUUAGAAAUAAAUGGGGCGCCACCUUUGUUCAUGUUAUUUAUUAGUGAAAACAAACACAUGAAAUUUUAACAUCUAUAGGAAAAAGUUUCAGAGGUUCACAAGUUAUGCUUCUAUAUGAGUUUUUCUGCUGCGAUAUGAUUCUCUUGCGUUCAUAUCCUUCAUUCUGAUCACCUUAAUUUUAGUCCAGCAGUCUGAAUAUCUGCUCAACCCUGAGAUUGCUCGAGUAGUACAGCUGCAUUAAUCGAUGGAGGAUCUCCCGGAGCCCCUGCUUGCAGAGAUCAUCAAGCGGAUUAACAGGACAAGUGAUCUUAAUUCUCUUUCCCUUGUAUCGAAGCGUCUCUACACUGUCGAGGCAGAGGAAAGGGGUACUGUCCAUGUUGGAUGUGGCCUUCACCCUGCAACAGAAGCCUUGUCAACGCUGUGCUCCCGGUUCCCCAACUUGUGGAAAAUAGAGAUAAAUUACUCUGGUUGGACGUCCGACAGAGGGAAGCAGUUGGACAACCAAGGCCUUCGUGUGCUUUCAUCUCACUGCCCUUCGUUGGUGGAUCUCACCUUAAGCUUCUGCUCUUACAUUAACGAUUCAGGUCUUAGUUAUCUAGCAUAUUCCAAGAAGCUCAUGGCCCUGAGGUUGAACUUUACCCCAGCAAUAAGUUCGAGCGGGCUUCUCUCAGUGGUGGUUGGGUGCAAGAGUUUAUCUACUUUCCAUCUUAUCGACUGCAUGAAAGUAGGCAGCAUGGAGUGGCUGGAGUACCUUGGCAGGGUCGGAUCGUUGGAAGAACUUGUGGUAAAGGAUUGCAAGGGAAUCAGCCAGUAUGACCUCCUAAAGUUUGGUCCAGGAUGGAUGAAGCUUCAAAAGUUUGAGUUUGAGAUCAAUGGCAAUUAUUGGGUAACAGGUGCCAGUGAUCCCUCAUAUGAUGCUCACUACCCAUACAAAUAUGAUAUCUGUUGUGACUAUUUGAAGGAUUUGAGGUUGGCACAUAUUAUAACUGAGCCAGAAAUUGGACUUCGUUUCCUCUUGGGAAAGUGCAAAGCAUUGGAGAAACUUUGCCUUGACUAUGUCAUUGGUCUAAAUGAGAGCGAGAUGAUUUCACUGUUCCAGAGCUGCAGCAACCUUAGAAGUAUCUCACUUCGGCUCAUGCCCCUGCGCUGUGGUUUUUCUUUCAGGACGCCAUUGACUGAUGAUAGCCUUAAGGCUCUAUCUCUCAGCUGCCCCAUGCUUCAGGUUGUCGAGCUUACCUUUACAUUUUGCGAUGCCGCGUAUCCAUCAGAAAUAGGCUUCACGCAGAAGGGUAUUGUAAUGCUGGUUCAGUCUUGUCCUAUUCGUGUUCUCAUGCUAAAUGGCGCCAACAAUUUUAAUGAUGAGGGUAUGAAGAACCUGUCAUCCGCACAAUUCUUGGAGACACUCGAGCUUGUGGAUUGCAAAAGGAUAACUGAUGCUGGGAUGAGUUUCAUCAUGUGUGCCCCUUGCUUGAGCCGUCUCACUCUCCGAAAAUGCAACAAAGUAACUGAUGAUGGAAUGGCCGAGCUGGUACGUUCACAGAAAUUGGAGUCUUUGACUGUUAUAGGAUGUCGCCGGAUCUCUCUGAAAGUUGUGCAGGGGGCUGCCAGAUCAGUUCACUACUCGGCUGAGCCUGAAGGUUUUGACAGACUAAAAGGAAUGAAAAAAAUGGAAGUGAGUACAUUAUUCAGCCAAAUAUUUCCAUGAAAGGACCCUCUCGCCAAUUCUGAAAGCUUGGGCAGUCAAUGAAGAAUGGAAGAAUCUUUGGACGUAAUCUUUGGCUGUUAUUUCCCAUUUACUAGUAGUAGUUACUAAACUAUGUACUGUAUUAGGGAAGUAAUUUGGUGGACAGGUGACGUUGCUGUGACCAGAAUCGGCGCUUCAUAUGUUCUAUUCCAAUUAGUAGCUUAGGAUUUUUGUCAAAACUUCUUAUACAUAAUGAUGCUUCAGUUGACAGCCUUUA